AACUGCAUUCGAUCUCACCCAACCGUCAUAAAUUCAGAUUAAAAAGAUGGUUCAGUUAUAAAGUGUUCAGUUGUAAAGGUAGUCGAUACGCCAUAAAUGAAAAGGCAAAUAAGGUCGGCAUGCAAAGCACGAUAUAUAUUUGGGAUUACGUUAAAGUACUUCAUGUUGAAUUAGUUCGUGUGUUCAUGUAAACAAAAAUGUGCCCGUCCUAGCAACCGUGUCGAUGUAGAUUCGGUUAUGUGAUAGUAAAAGUAACAAAUACAUAAAUUAAGUUUAAUUAAAUUAUGCGGACGUGGAGUUUUUAAACCGCCUUAAAAAAUAAAAGAAGAAUAAAAGGCUAGCAAAGGAUGUCUGAAGCAGCCCCCGUGUCGCCCAGGAAAGGCAGCGUCCCCGCGUCCCUCGCUGGGGCCGAGCCCAAACGAAAGUCAAAAGGAAAAUCAAAGGGCCCAAAGUCGUCAAAGGUCGAGAACCUGCCUUUCAUGGAAGCAGACGAGUUCAGCGAUGUAACAAUUAUUAUAGAUGACAAGCGACUCUACUUCAACAAGUGCCUGAUAUGUUACAAUUCCCCGGUGCUCAGGAAACAGUUAACGGCGGAUGAUGGAGGAAGUUCCGGAAAGGGCGCCAAGUCUACCGGCAGCAAGCCAUCCAAGGACCUAGACAUGUCCGACAAGCGUUUUGAUGACGUGUGCGAGCUUCUAGCGUUCAUGGACCCCAGGGUGGAGACAGCUCUCUCAGAUCAAGACUGCUUCCGUCUUCUACCACUUGCCGAAGAGUUCGACAUGAAACCGCUGAUGAAGUCGUGCGAGGUCACGUUGACCAACUCAUUCGCGGGCAUGCGUAAAGGUCGCAAACCUGGCUCCGUCGCCACUGACGUCACAAUCGCGAAUCUCGCCAUUGCCGACAAAUACCACUUCCCCGUUCUGCAGGAAAUGUGUAUGGAGGAACUGGUCGCCAAUGACAACCCGUUCAGCGGAAAGGUCAUCGCUGAUAACGUUGACCUCUCGGAGCACGUUAAGCGACAGGUGCUCGAACGAAAGCUGGAGAAAGUGAACAUGGCGCUUGCGCGCGAGAGGAGAAUUAACACCGAACGAGAGCAACCACGUGAUUCCAAGGGCGGCAAAAUAUGGAAGAAAUAAAACAAUUGACAUUUAAUAGAAACACAGUAAUUAAAUCACAUAAUUAUAAUGUGGAACUGCAAGCAUUGUCUAUUUUAAUAUAUUUGCAACAUUUUUUUGUAGUAUAUGUAUAAAGCAAUUAUUUAUUGUACCAAAAUAUGCACUGUUAUUAAAAUAAAUCAUUUAACAUGAGA